AUGAUCACCUACUGCCCAACCUCCGAAGCUGUUGAGCCGCCCGGCAAGAUGGACAAAUCCACCACUCCGCUGGAUCUGCACCGUCUGAGCCAUCAAAGCAUGCACAAACGCUACGAGUCCGACGAAGAGAUUGCAUCUGAAUCCGAUGCCGGAUGGCAUGACCUGCCCCCGCUCAUCGGCUCGCAGCCAGCCGCAGAGUCGUUUGACUCCGACCUCAGCGACGAUGAUCAUCUGUUGGCACCCACCCCGGCGAAGCCGCAGCGGUCUGUUUCCGUUGACACCGUCAAGGAAAACCGGGAUGCCGGCUUCGUCGAUGUCUUCGACCCAGAGGAUGACAUGGUGCUGGAGCUCAGCUCUCCUCCUGCUCGGAUUGCAUCCAAGAUCUUCGUGCCGCCAACCAUCUAUAUCUCGCCCAAUUCCCCACCGAAGCAGCACUCGCGGCCCCGGUCGCCUUCUCUAGAGUCUGAAUGUUCUGUGGAAGACGCAGAUAUCCAGGUCGCAAAGCAGAUCACCAUCACGCAGCCACCCACGCGGCCCACGCUGGUGUUCAUCGACCAACGAUUCAAGGGAUCAAGAGCCCGUCCCAGCCAGUCUCAUUCGCGAGAACCCAGCCGCAGGCGAGAGUCCCGUCUCUUUUCACCAUUGACGGACAUCAAGUCCAAUUCGCCGCGUCUGAAUGAAGGGUACGAGCUCAAACUGCCACGCACGAUUCCAUCACCCCCAGCAACCAUCGACGAAGGGACGCCUCUCACUCCCAUCGCUCACUCUGCCGCCAUCCGACGGGUCUCUGAGGUUCCUCUCAUCCCAUACUUCCCUCUCACCUCGCCUCGCCCGCUAUCGAAAUACAUGCACCACGCCCGGCCGCGAACUGCUGGAUCCGACAAGCCGCUCCCAAACCCAGGACGACACCGCCGUCCCACAGAGCCAGGCAGACGCCCGCCGUCUAUCCGCAGCUCAAGCAGCAACAGCGUGCCAUCGUCAUCCUACUCGUCAUCUCGCGAGUCCUCCCCCUUCACAGUAGCCUCCGACACAGACGGCACCUCCCUGCACUCCCUCCCCGUCUCAAAACGCACCCUGAACCUGCUGGCAAGCCGCCCCCCACUGAUGAUGCGCCGCAUGACUCGAAAGAACUCCAUCGCAUCCAGCACCGCCUCCAUGAACAGCCUCCGCUCCGAAGCAAACCUCUCCCCUUCUGCCAACAACAACCAAUCCCUGCACGCAUCUGCUUCCCAUACAAACCUCCACCCCCAAACCCAGCAGCUGCGCCACCAAUCCGUCAUGAACCUGCAUCUCCACUCAAACCCUAUCUACCACUCCAACGAAACGAUCUUGAACAUGAUGCCCGCGCCGCCGCUUGAUCCCCGCCCCGUGCGCAAAUCGAGUCUCAUGCGCAAAUCCAGCCAUCGCCGCCAUGUGAGACAUAGUACCUCCAUCCCUAGUGGGAGGGGAUUCUUGGGGUUGAAGUUUGGGCCCAGAUCGCCUCGUCGGGCUUAG